GGGAGAUCGAAUGCGCGACGUCUUCUUGAGUGAAAAUUCCAAGAACAGGCAUUUGGUUUUGCUUGUUAGGGAAUAAGACACAGGUCAAGAUGCCUGUGGUCAACGUCGGCGAUCUAGUGCGCCUGCAGCGCAAAGCAGACGAUAUCCGGAAUAUAUGUAUUUUAGCACACGUCGACCAUGGCAAGACAUCUCUUACAGACAGCCUCAUCGCAACGAACGGCAUCAUCUCCCCCAAAUUGGCAGGCAAGAUCCGCUAUCUCGACUCGCGGCCAGAUGAACAACUGCGCGGUAUCACAAUGGAAUCAUCGGCCAUUUCAUUAUACUUCUCGAUGCUACGAAGAUCAGCACCAGACGCUACACCAGAGAAGAAGGAAUACCUGAUAAACCUGAUCGACUCGCCGGGCCAUAUCGAUUUCAGCAGUGAGGUUUCUACCGCAUCGAGGUUAUGUGAUGGUGCACUCGUUUUGGUGGACGCUGUCGAGGGAGUGUGUAGUCAGACCGUGACUGUUUUGCGCCAGACAUGGGUUGAGAAGUUGAAACCGUUGCUGGUUAUCAAUAAGAUGGAUCGACUUAUAACGGAACUGCAAAUGAGUCCCGCGGAGGCAUAUUCACAUUUGAGUAAACUUCUCGAGCAAGUUAAUGCCGUCAUCGGUAGCUUUUACCAAGGCGAGCGCAUGGAGGAAGAUCUUCUAUGGAGAGAGCGCAUGGAAGAACGCGUCAAUGCAGCAGCUGCGAAGGAUAAAGAUCAAGCUAAAAAUUUUGCCUCUGAUGAUGCAGACGGGACGGAUUCACAUGCUGGUACAGACCUGGACGAAUUCGAAGAGAAAGACGAUGAGGAUUUAUAUUUUGCACCGGAGAAAAACAAUGUUAUAUUCUGCAGUGCCACAGACAACUGGGCUUUCACAGUUCGACAAUUCGCGGGUUUGUAUGAAAAGAAGCUUGGGAUUAAACGGUCGUCACUUGAAAAGGUGCUUUGGGGCGAUUUUUACCUAGACCCAAAAACGAAGAGAGUGUUGGGCUCGAAACAUCUCAAAGGACGGGCUCUUAAGCCCAUGUUUGUUCAGCUAGUGCUGGAUAGUGUCUGGGCUGCGUAUGAGGCUACGACUGGUGGUGCUAAAGGAAAGGGUGAUCCUGUCCUGCUCGAGAAGAUUAUGAAGUCAUUGAACAUUACGAUACCUCCCCACGUUCUCCGGUCUAGGGAGUCUAGAAACAUCAUGUUAGCACUUUUCUCCUCAUGGCUACCACUCUCUACCGCUGUGCUAGUAUCUGUGAUGGAAUACCUCCCCAGCCCGCGAACAGCACAAGCCACCAGACUUCCUGAACUGAUCAAUAAUUCGCCCGCCUCUGACUUUGUCGACCAGAAAGUUAAAGACGCCAUGAUCAAUUUUAAAACCGACGCCGAUGCUCCUGUUGUGGCAUACGUCAGUAAAAUGGUCGCAAUACCGGAGAGUGAGAUGCCACAGAAUACCAAACGAGUUGGCGCAGCAUUAACGGCCGACGAAGCUCGGGAAUUAGCACGCAAGAAGCGAGAAGAGAUAGCAAAGCUGCAAGCAGAGGCCAAUGAACAGGAUGAUGACUUUGGUAGAGUCACGUCGGCGCUUGCUAAUGCAAGCUUGGAUGACCAGGAAGGGGUUCAGACGGAAGAAAAAGUCGACAAAGAGCAUCUUAUUGGGUUUGCCAGGUUGUAUUCAGGGACGUUGAACGUUGGCGAUUCUGUGUACGUUUUGGGUCCAAAGUUCUCGCCAGCAAACCCCCAUGCUAGUCCGGAGCCUGUGAAAGUCACCAUCACAAACCUAUAUCUGCUCAUGGGCCGAAGUCUGGAACCCCUCAAAUCGGUACCUGCAGGUGUAGUGUUUGGAAUCGAAGGAUUAGCUGGCCACAUCCUAAAGACAGGCACCUUAUGUAGCCAGCUGGAGGGUAGUAUCAACUUGGCCGGUGUGUCCAUGACAAGCCCACCAAUUGUCCGAGUUGCACUCGAGCCUGUCAACCCAGCCGAUUUAAACAAGAUGAUCAAUGGCCUCAAACUAUUAGAGCAAAGUGAUCCAUGCGCACAAUACGAAGUCCUACCAAGCGGCGAACAUGUGAUAUUGACGGCCGGUGAACUACACUUGGAGCGAUGUCUCAAGGAUCUUCGAGAACGAUUCGCAAAAUGCGAAAUCCAAGCCGGUGAGAUGAUUGUGCCGUUUCGAGAGAGUAUUGUCAGCACGAGUGAAAUGGCUCCUCCCAAAAAUCCGGAACUAGGACGGGGUGCGGUAUUGACUGUAUCGCCCUCGAAGCAAUUAACUAUUAAACUGCGUGUACUCCCUCUUCCCGGGGAGGUUACCGAGUUCUUGACAAAGCAUGCAGGAACAAUUAAGCGACUACGAUCUGAGAAGAGAGCAGAAGUUGCACAAAAGGGAAAACAUGCCGAAGAUGCCAGUGAAGAAGUCGAAAGUCGAGAGGUUGAAGAAACCGAAGGUCUGGAGGCAAAUGUCCUCUCAGUGGCCGAUUUCAAGCAAGAAUUACGAAAGUUACUUGCUAAGUCGAAAUAUGAGAAUAUCAAUGCAGAUGCAGUGGAGAAGAUUAUAGCCUUUGGACCACGGCGAACAGGUCCGAAUGUGUUGAUUGAUGCUACUGCUGCCAAUGUUAGCGAUAAGUUUUUGUCCGAAGAACAGCGGAGUGCUCAUAACGGACUCAGUCGACAAGCAAUCACCAUUCGGGAUCUUUCUGAUAAGAUUGUCUACGCAUUUCAACUGGCCACUGCACAGGGACCUCUGUGUCACGAACCCGUCCAGGGUAUUGCGGUUAUUCUCGAGGAUAUCGCUCUGCAUGUCGAGGACGAGGAUGCAAUUGAUUUUGGCCGCUUGACGGGUGAAGCGAUUCGCAUAGUGCGCGAUUCCGUUUCCCAAGGGUUCUUGGACUGGAGUCCACGUAUCCUACUCGCAAUGUACAGUUGCGAGAUUCAGGCAUCAACCGAAGUCCUAGGUCGAGUAUACGGUGUCAUAACCCGUCGAAGAGGCCGUAUCCUCUCCGAAACUAUGAAAGAAGGAACACCCUUCUUCACCAUCCUCUCCCUUUUACCGGUCGCCGAAUCAUUCGGUUUUUCAGAUGACAUCCGUAAACGAACCUCGGGUGCAGCAUCACCUCAACUCAUAUUCGCGGGAUUCGAAGCUCUGGAUGAAGAUCCCUUUUGGGUUCCUGCUACGGAAGAAGAAUUGGAGGAUUUGGGUGAGCUGGCGGAUAGAGAGAAUGUGGCGAAGAGGUAUAUGGAUGCUGUGAGGACGAGGAAGGGGUUGUUUGUGGCCGGGAAGAAGUUGGUUAAGGAUGCGGAGAAGCAGAAGACGUUGAAGAGGUAG